AUGGUACUUCUUGGUCUGCGUUUUACGCUGUUUAAGAAUUUCCCAAAGCGUGCAAAGACAUUUACAGAACGAGUGCACCAGGGAAUUUAUCAUGGAAAAGGUUACAUGUAUGGCCAUGUGAGCACAUUUUCUGAAAAAAAGUGAGCUUAGUAUAAGUGAAAAAUUAUUGAACGUAACCUGAAAACACAAAUAUGUAGCUUUGUAACGUUAUUACUAUCUUUCAAAUAUAUUCUUUAAGUUACCACGAGGAUUUACAUUAGACAUAGAUGUCAGCAACAACUGCAACAACAUUAACACUUUUUAUUUGAAGCAGUUGGGUUACAUGUGCCCCAAGUUUAAAAGAAUGAAGUCACCCCUUUGGAAGUGACAGUAACUAGCAAAUCCUCUCAAAAACAGAUACUCUUGGAACUAUUACCAAAUGUUUGUCUUGGUGAGGGAUUCGCUUUAUAGAGAAAGAAAAAAAAAAGAUUGACCAAGCUGAAGCUAUGUAGCAUCUACUAGCCCAGACGUAAAUUCAACUAGCCCCACAAGCUUUUUGUCAAGCAGAAUUGAUUUCACACUUCUUCUGUUAUUCAAAUUCCUCGAAAAACAUCACUUGCACGUCGGGCAAGUUAAUAGCAAAAUCCACCAGCCCUGGGCUAUCAGAUACUACUUUCUUUGCACGCCGAUUGACAGCUAGCCUGCAAACAGCAGACGCAUUUCUGGUCGUCGCUUCUCUCCCUCCGAAAAAUAGCGUCUGCGAACCCGAGCCGCAAAAUGAUUUCUCUGACGUAAAACCUUUUGUUUUGAUGUUGGCCAGUCAGAUCAAAGGAUAGAAUACAGCUCAAGUGACUCCUCACGACCUCGCGCGCUGAAGUGUCUUGGAUUUCAGCAAGAGUUACCAAAUACACUUUGGAAUGUGAAUUUCACGACCAUAACAAGGUUUCCUGCGACGUUGAAUACUGACUUGUUUAUGAAGCAACUGCUUCUUAAGCUAUUUAUGAGAUGUGGGCCUUUGGUUUCACUUUAUAAAAUACGGUAGUACAUGACAUAAACAAAACCUGGACAAAAUAAUCGCUACAGUGAAAGGAAAGUAAUAUAGCUUAGUGACGUUGCACUCAGACUUGUUUAUUUCAAUGUAACCAGCGCUGACAAAAGGUGGUGAAUCGAUUAUACAGACACAUCCUUGACUGAUUCAGAAAUCUGUGACAAUCGCUCGUUAAUAAUUCUAGUAUCGCCACAACACAAUGAUCUGAAAUAUUAUAAACCUGGGCUAGACCCUGCAGUGUGAAAUAAAUAGUUACAGCGGUAAAUUGAUCAUAGUCAAGAUGACAUUUCAGCUACGACACUUUGACUCAUUUCACAGAAAACUAUGGAACUUGAAACGUUGAAAAGAACAUGUAUUUAAAGAAAUAUAAGAACAAAAUGCUUUCCAUCUGAUCAAAGUUCUGUCUGAACCAAGAAGGAACAACGCAUGGGAAAUCAAUUACCACACGUCCUAGCUUUCAAAGAUAAAGGAUUUUAAGGGCUAAACGGUGAUUGGCUAAAAAGGUUUUACAUCAUGGAAAUCGUUUUGCUGCUCGGGUUCGCAGAUGCUAUUUUUCGGAGGGAGAGAAGCGACGACUGGAAAAGCGUCUGCUGUUUGCAGGCUUGACAAGCAACAGGGCCAACUUUAUCAUUCAUUUUAUUCCAGGCACGACAUUUCCCACCACUCUCUGGCCAUCUGUUGGGCUUUUUUCUUCUUCAGAAAGCUGCAAAUGCCCGAUGGUGGGGGCAGUAGGUCCAUACAGCAACCGCACUGUAGGACAUUAAAAAAAUUGAGCAAAUUACGCACAAAUUAACAAACCACAAAUCCAUGUUGCAUGUGCUAGCCCAAGAGUCUUUUUAACUACCUAAUACAAUAUCCAGAACCAAUCCAAGACUCAGUCCCAAAGGCAAUGAGUCAUGUAACCAGACAAUUACUGAAGUCAUGUUACAUCAUAUUUCAACAUCCCAUUAAGCCUUUGACUAGUCUGGGAAGGAUUUUUACUCCCACCUGCUAUUGCAAGCACCUGCCACUUUUGAGAGGCUUGAAGCACUUGCAGAAACACUGUCACUCGUAGAAACAUUCAAAACAAUCGUAGUAGGUUAGCCAUAUGAAGCUGGCCACCCUUUGAAACUUGACGUAAGCUCCGAUCCUCUGGUGGUUAUCAUGCCUUACCCACAUGCAUCUAAUAAAUGGUAAAACAAAGUGAAAAGCCACUCCAGGAGAACUAACAUGGCAGCUGUCCAAUAAAUAAACAGGGAGGGGACUGUGAGCUAUGGGCCCUCCUGGUAUAGACUGAGACAUGCCCAUGCAUCGACUGUGUAAUUCUACUUUUUUGUUCUUCUGUCAUAUAACGAUAUUAUGGUUAAAAAGGGAGGAAAAAAAAUACUUUGGAUGGCUACCAAUCCAGUCAAAACUAACAGGGAACAAAAAAGGCAUGCAAGAGUACAGAGGGAAGACUCCAAUAUUAUUCUUUCCAACAUGACUUGUAUGAAUUGCUACAUGUGUAGUAGUUUGACAUAUGAGAAAAAAAGGUUAAUUUCAUCUGAUUGAUAAUAAGGUGAUGCUUUAAUGUACAGCUGUAGCAUACACUAUACACGUAUGAUUGUAAAGUUUGUCCCUGCAGGGCUGCUGGAAGGUGGGGGGGGGGGGGGGGGGGGGGUUGGAACAUGGGGGAACCUCCACCCUGCAGACUUUCACUUUAUUUAGGUUUGUUCCUUUUUCGUCUAAGUGGGGUUUUUGCUUUUGUCAUUAUUUGUCUUUGAUGGGUUCCAUCUUCCGCAUAAAAAUCUGGUAUCGGUAUGCCCGGUCUCUGUUCACUUCGUUUGCAUCGAUAUUGUUUUGUUGUGGAUAUGUGUGUGUGUGCUUCGGUGAGGGGCGGGUGGGAUGUGGCGGAGGGGUGGUGGGUUGUGAGGGGUGGGGGGGGGGGGGGGGUGGGGGGGGGGGGGGGGGCGGGGGGGGGGGUUACGUACAUGGGGGAACCUACACCUGUACAGUUUACACUGUAUUGACUGUUAGUCCCUUUUCUACUAAGUGGGUGUUCUGCAGAUGACCAUUACGUGCAUGAAGGAGCUCAAUCUUCCCUUAAAAAAAACAUGUGAAUCUCUUUACUUUCUGUUCCAAGGAUGUCCUUUGUUCUUGUAAGUUAUCCUUUGCAAAAGCUCUGAAUGGGAACAACAGGAAAAAAGGCAGCAAAAUUAAAACACAAAUUGUGCUUUUUGGGGUUAAAGACUCACAAGGCCUCUCAUAUGUUUAGCAAUGGCCAGCUGGUAAAUGACUGUAAUGUUACUUCACAGUGUUGGACAGAAUGAACAUUUCAGGAGGGCUAUUGCAGGCAAACAAAAUGUGAUUGCAAAGGCUAUAAAUCAAUGUAAAUUAAGUUAAUUCAGGAUACACUACAGUCCAUGGUUUUAAUAUUAUUUUUUAAAAUAAUUUUCCAAGCAUGUUCCAUCGCAUGUCACCUGAAAGCUUGAAUAAGCUUCAAACUGAUGUGGAUUCAUUUUGCUUACACACAAUUGCCUUCUUUCCACAGAACCAAGCGGGUUUGGAAGCCAAAUGUUGUCAAAAAGAAAUAUUACAGUCAAAUACUGGAACAAACCAUGAGAUUUGAAUUCAGUAUGCAUGCACUAAGAUGUAUUGACAAGGCAGGAGGAUUUGACAACUACAUUAUCAACACUAAAGACAAGUGGCUACACUCAAGAACAGCUAUAGAACUGAAGAAGCUUAUGUUAGAAGUUCUCAAGUGUAAGGAACAGGGUAUGCCGAUGAGUCAGAUUAGGAAGGAGGUGUUCCCACAGCCUAAAGUAAGCAAACAUGUUCACAUUCCAAAGACAUACACCACCAGAUUUUACUUUGAUUGGAGAGGACCUCGCAAACAAGUAGUUUAUUGCUGA